GCCGCCGGCUAACUGCGGCGCUUCCUCGCCGCCACCCCCCUUAGCCUUGCCGCCGUUGUAUGCCGGAGAACACCAUGCUCUCGGAUUAAGGGGAAUCCCCGAAAUCCUUGUUUCGAUUGUAGCUUGCGUUUGAUCUAAGAGUGCUUCAAUCCUUGUGCGCCAUGGCUCCACAUUACCAGUCCGCUACGCUGAUUGCUUCCCCGUCCUAUCCGAACGCCAUCGCCUGGUCAAACGAGAACUUGGUGGCUGUUGCCUCUGGUCACAUUGUCACCAUCCUGAAUCCAGCAGCACUUGAGGGACCUCGUGAAUUUGUCUUGCUUCGUGCUAGCGAACCUUUCCCCAUUGGAGUGGUUAAACGAGAAGAUCUCUUUCAACCAUGUUUAGUCCCCACUUUCUUAGUGCGUGAUACUGAACCAUGUGCACGGUCUAUUUCAUGGUCUCAGCCAGGAUUUGCACCUAAUUCCGGUUGUUUGCUUGCUGUUUGCACUGCUGAUGGUCAUGUGAAUCUAUACCGCCCACCAAUUUGGGAAUUUUGUGAUGAAUGGGUUAAGGUCACGGAUGUAUCCAAGUUACUUUUUGACUAUUACAGAAGUAUAAACUUUGGAGAGGACGAUAGUCCUGAUUCAGUUCCUCAGGUAAGCUCCCUUGCACUCGAACAUUGGAGUGUUCCUUUUGAAAAGGCAAAUAGUAAGAACGUGCAGGAAAUAGGAUGUACUGGUCAACUGCAAGAACCUCUUUCUUGCAGCGAUCUUGGACGGAGGACAAGGAAACCAGCAAGAUUUGAAAGCUAUGUUUAUGAUGAGGAUGAAAGUCAUUUAGAUGCCUCAAAGGAUGCAGAUUUCUUUCUCAAUCCAUGCUCCAAGCCAAAGAAGAUAUCUAUGAAAAAGAUUGUCAAACCUGGACAUGAAAUUGCCGUAAAUGAGCUAGGUGGCUCACAAGAUAUCAAAGCAGCACUCUCUUGUAACGUAGAGAACAUAUGUCUCCCUAUUAUCAGUGCAAAACAGUAUGCACGUCGAAAUGCAAUUUUGUCUUCUCUAGUAGUUGCAUGGUCUCCAGUUGUGCCAUCAGGAGAUUCUACUUCUUGUUUGUUGAGCAAUUGGUGCAUUCUUGCUGUUGGCUCCAAGUCUGGGGAUGUUUCAUUUUGGAAAAUGUGCAAGCCUGAGUAUUACACAAUAGAUGUUUGCAUGGUCACGAGAGAUCCAAUACUUGUCGGUGUUCUCAAAGCUCAUAACUCAUGGGUGAGUGCCAUCAGUUGGGAAGUUUCGUACGCAGACUCUUCAAAGUUGUCGCUACUUUUAGCAACUGGGUGUUCAGAUGGAAGUGUGAAGAUAUGGUCAGGUAAUACUGAAGGAUCAAAUCAAUGUACAAUGCCAUUUUCAUUAUUGACCGAGGUCACCACUAACUCGUCAGCUCCAGUCUCGUCAAUUUCAUUAUCCGUACCAGCUCAGCCUCAACAUGGGGUUAAUAUUAAUUUGGCAAUAGGAAGAGUAUCUGGAUCACUGGAAACAUGGACGUGGGAUCCAUGUAGAAACCAGAUCGAGAAUACAAGUGCUUGUCAUGCACAUGAUCUAGUGGUCACAGGUUUAUCGUGGACUUGGGAUGGUCAAUGUUUAUACAGCUGCAGCCAGGACAAUUCUGCACACUGCUGGAUUUUCAGGGAAAAACAACUUGAAGAGAUUCCUGUGCACACAAAUUUUCAGGAGCUAAAUGUGUCAACAGAUCUUUCAGAAGUAUCCAAUCAAUGUUUUGGACUUGCAAUUGCACCGGGGCAACUAAUGAUUGCAGUGGUUCACAGCUUGGAUCCUAAUCUUUUAGAUCAGAUGUAUCAAGCCAGGACACACAAAGCAGUGGUUGAGUUCAUUUGGAUUGGUGGUCAGUUCCUUGGUCUUCCACUAGUCAACGGUAUUCCUAUCUGUACUCAACAAUCUGCCACUAACUUCUUAUGGUGGGGAUCCAACAUUUUUUGGUCAUUGAAGAAAUACGAGAAUGGUGAGACGGGGCUGGCCUUAUGGGAUACCAUAGCUGCGCUACAAGUGCUCAAGAAAUCCACACCAACCUUUCUGGAAGCUUUAAUGCAUAAAUGGGUCUUAGGUUUGUUUUCAGAUGAUGGACAGUGUGGUUCUAUCAAUAUGUUGUAUCAUUCAAGAAAGGACAUGAUGUCCAAGGCCAGCUUGAGGAAGUUACACUUGCUGAAUAUCAUUAAUAGGAAAGUAAUGCUUAGCGAUCAUGCACCGUAUUCUCCUGGUGGAGAAAAUGGUAACAAUGCGGAGACUGAUUUUUGGAACAAUCUUCUAGUGAGCAGUGAAACAGAGCUGCAGGAGAGGCUUGUAGCUUUCACUUUUGCUGCUGUCUUGGAUCGAAUAGCAUAUUUGCUCAAGGGCGCCUCUAAUGAGGACAGGUGGUUUCCUGUUGGAAUUGCCCAGAUGGAUUAUUGGGUAUCUAUAAAUAGUGGAGAAGUGCAUAAUAAGCUUAACUAUCUCAGAUCAAGGAUCAAAGACUUUGUGAGCAGGCUUGAUUCGGUGUGUGAAUAUUCCAUAGAAGAAACCUGCCCCUACUGCUCCGCAACAGUGGGCUUCGAGUCACCUGAUGUAGCGUUAUGCGGAGGCAGAGAUCUUGCAACCGCCCCAGCUGAAAGGCACAAACUGUUGAGAUGCACAACAUCGAUGCGCCUCUGCUCCAUUCUGGACCCAACAUGGUACUGUGUAUGCUGCGGAGGAACGGUCGACAAGCUGGUACCAGAGACCUUCUUCACUUCCACAACAGCUUCCCCUUUGGAUGCCAUCUACGACGAAAGAUCGCUUUGUUUAUCAGCGCCUACUGUCCCACUUUGCCCCUUGUGCGGCAUACUGCUGCAGAGGUUGAUGCCGGAGUUCCUCCUCUCCGUCUCCCCCGUGUAGAAGCUAGUGGCACUCGCCAGUCCCAAGCGCGAUAUUCAAUUAUUCUUUUGCCGUAGUGUGCGCUUGUUUUUAGUAGAGGCUGCUUGU